AUGAAGGGUAUCUGGGGUCUUGGCCUUGUCGCCAGCGCAUCGCUUGCUGCUGGGGCAGCAGUAAAGACUACUGUAGCAGCCACAUCUGUAUCGGAUGCUUCAUCAUUCUCAUAUGAGUCAAUUCAAUUGACCGACGGCGUUCUGAACGAUGUCUCGACACAGCUGCAAAAUCAAACUCUGGCGAAUAUGUUCGCCUUUGCGAACAACUCCGAUUCCUCCAAGCAGACUAAGCGAAGUCUUUCCCAUAGCUGCAAAGUGAUGCCCGGUGAUUUUCUAUGGCCUAUAGAUCUAAUCUGGGACAUCUUUGAUGCCUUGCUUGAUGGAAAAUUGAUCAAGACUGUUCCACUUGCAGCAUACUGCUAUCCAGACUGGCCAGAGUAUGAUGCUACAAAGUGUGAGACCAUCACUGCCGACUGGCUUACUUCAAAUUUGCAUAUGUCGGAUCCCACUUCUAUUAUGUUGCCGCUAUACGAGGGUCGCUCGUGCUUGCCUUCGCCGUAUAACUAUACUGGUACUUGUACACAGGGCGCUUACCCAACGUACGCUGUUAAUGUUUCUACCGUGGCUCAGAUCCAGCUCGCGGUCAACCUUGCUCGCAACUUGAAUCUGCGUCUAGUUGUUAAGAAUACCGGACAUGAUUUCAAUGGAAAGGCCUCUGGGAAGGGUGCUCUCACUAUUUGGACUCAUUACCUCAAGGACAAAGAGUACUAUCCGUCUUUCAAGGCUGCCAAUGAUUAUGUUGGUCCGGCUGUGAAAUUUGGCUCCGGUGUCCAGGUCUGGGAGGCUUAUGAGUUUGCCAAGUCUGUUGGUCACUCGGUUGUCGGUGGAGAAGCUGUUACCGUUGGUCUUGGUGGUGGCUACACUGCUGGCGGUGGCCAUUCUCCCUUGUCCAGCAUGUACGGUCUGGCAGCUGAUCAGGUCCUGUCUAUGCAAGUUGUUCUGGCUGAUGGCCGCUUCAUCACUGCUAGCUCAACUGAAAACUCGGAUGUUUUCUGGAUGCUUCGCGGCGGCGGUGGCAGCACUAUCGGUGUCGUCACCUCACUUGUAGUGAAGGCUCUUCCCAAGCUCGAAACUACCUCCGUGACAUUCAACUUCACAGUCAACGACACCCCAGGCCCGGACGCCUUCUGGGCUGCUGUGAAGUCGUAUCUUGACAACUUUGAGACAUUUGUUGAUGCUGGUACUUACGGUUAUUACUACAUCGGCGCUAGCUCGGCUGAGAUUGGCACCACGUAUGCUGGCGACACAGACUACUAUUUCCGCAUGGAGUCUUUCCUCGCUCCAAACAUGAGUCUAUCUGAGACCAAGGCCCUUGUGGCUCCCUGGUUUGAAACUCUUGACAGCCUCAACGUGACUUACACCCCUUGGUGGAACACUGCCGAUAACUUCCAUGACACCUGGGAAGUGUCUUUUCCACAGGAGUAUGUGGGAACAGAUGUUGUCAAAACUGCAUCCCGCCUGCUACCCCGUAGUGUGUUCCAGUGUGAUGACCUCCUAAAUCAAACCUGGGUCGCUUACAAAGACGGCGUAGACAAGGGCCUGUUCAUCGCCGGUUUCCACAUCAGCGGUACCGGUAUCGCCGUCGAGCCACCAAAGGAUAACUCCGUGCUACCCGCAUGGCGCGAUACCCUGACCCACGUAAUCUUCGGCAGUGAGUGGAAUUUCACAUCUUCCUGGGACGUGGUGAAGAGCAGAUCGCUCUUCGUUACCGAGUGGAUGGAUGUACUGCGUGAGAUCGCCCCAGACUCAGGCGCAUAUAUGAGCGAGGCAGAUCUUCUUGAGCCAAACCAGCAGGAGGCUUUCUAUGGAGUAAACUAUCCUCGCUUGUAUGAGCUUAAGCAGAAGUAUGAUCCUACGGGGCUUUUCUUUGCUCUUACUGCUGUUGGUGCUGAGGAUUGGGAGGUUCAGACUGUUGAUCCUCUGCCGUACUCGUGGAACAAUAAUGGGCGGCUGUGCCCGAAGUCUUCUUGA